UCCAACUUCACCUCUCUGACCUCUCCAGUCCAUCUUCACAUCCCCACCCCAAAAUGAAUCAAGUCGAAGACAAUACAGACCACAUCCCCGUCCUGGAGGGCAUCUCCCCCGAUCAACCCCACCAGGCCGAUUCCAUCGACUCGCGAGACGCCCUCGAGAUCCCCCAGGCGCAGAUCACCCCAGUCCCAACGGUCGAUCUUCAUGCCCGCCAGCGAUCUUCCCGUCCAGACAGUUGCUUCCACAGCGUCAUCGACCGCCAAUACUGUGUCGAUGACUUCGAACAGUGCAACGUGUGUGGGAGGGUCCCUUUCCUGAACUGGUUCUACCGGUGUAUCGUGGACACCUCUGCCUUCACUGAACCCUUCAACCCGGACCGUCCCAUCCUCAGUCCCUGGAUGGCCAAAGCGGCCCUGGACGGCCACUACACCGACGAGGAGCUCAACGUCCUGUUCCGCCAGAAGCUGGAGGUCCUCGAGAUGGCGGAGAAGUUGCGACAAACCCGCUCGUCACCUCACGCCACGGAAGUAGAUCAGGAGCGGCCGGACGACGAUGAUGACGACGACCGCCAAGUCUGGGUGGAGGACGUCAAUCAGGACAGCUCGCGCUCAUCGCCGUCGACGCGGACGAGGGUCCACGCCAUCCCGCGCCCCCCGUGCACACACCACGCCUGUCACCACUGUAACCCCGCGCUGCACCAGCGCUGCUGGCUGAGCAUCGACGCCAUAUGCACCGACCCGGAGAUCAAACCCUUUACCGAGUGGGACUUUCACGAGAGGCCCAUGUCCGACACUCGCAUCGUCCGCACAUUGGGCAUGCGAUCAACUGUGACCCAUUCGGCGUCUCCGUCGAUCUAUAGUCUGUCAGAGAGCGACCAUUUCCCCGGAACAGCUCGACCUCAUCCGCGACACACGCCCAUUGUUCGUCUUCCCCGCGCUGUCCGUUCCAACGCAGAUGCAGAGAGCAGCGAGCGCACGGCCCCCGAGACACGGGAUCCGGAGUCCUCUAUCGACGCCACCUCUGCCUUUGUUCGUGGGGAUUUCGCAUCUAGUUCGAUUGCGGAGGCUGUAGAGUCAUCCACGCCGUCUACCGCGGGGCCAACCGGCGCUGCACCUGUGGAGACGCCAGGCCAACCAGUCGAUGUGUUUUCGGCGGUGCGUGAGCUCCUGGCUGUCGCAGAGUGGGAACAUGGGGGUGAUGCAGAUAGCGAUGCGUCGCAUCACUCAUAGAGACUUGAGCGCUGUGAUUUAGUAGUCACAAAUUCUCUAAUGACCUAGUCCAGUGCCGGGAUGACACGAGUGGUACGAAUAACGAGCAUGUGGUUCCAUAUCGGCGUUAUGGUGGCGGUCAGUGGAAAUCGUGAUUGAUAGUAAACUCUCUGAAAUCCAACACGUUGUUUUAAGACAAUCAUCUUCAUAUAAUCAAUGAUGGUGCAG